GCGCGCUUCGGGGAGAGGAAGCGUGAAGCGGGGAGCUGGCGUGGGGCUCGUUUCUGCCGGUCUUUGCCAGCCACGCCGGGGAUCCUGCCCUAAGCUCGGGUCCUUUUCUUGUCUUGCCUGGACCCCUGCUCGACCUCGCAGAGUCUCCGCCUGGCAUCGCACUCCAAGCUCGGGGAAUCCCUCUUCGGACUCCCGCGCCGCGCCCGCCGCAGGCCUCGGGGUUGCUGCCGCGCAGAUUCUCUCCCGGCCUGUGAUUAGCCCUCACCCCCCUCCAACCUGCCCCCCGCUCUUCCCCUUCCUUUCAUGCCCAUCUGUGACCUUUUCACUCCUCUCCCCCCCGUCUGGCGCGCCACCUGUCCUCCCCCCCAGCCCAUACCUCUGCGCACCACCUCUCGGACUCUUCCUUCUUGACCUGUCCCCUCGCCUUGGUGAAAUUGGCGACCGACACAGAGUUUGGGCCCAGUCCAGCUCCCGGUUGGAUCCCCUUCAUCCAUGCUCCCUUUUUAAUUAGCCCAUCCUCCCAAUAUAGCACCCCACUCUUUGCCAGGCCCUGGUUUUGCUCUCUUAGCUGCUGAGUUCCUUUAAUCUUUGGCUCAUGGGUACCUGAUGUUUAUGCUCCUGGGCCCAGGAUGAGGAGGAGCUUAGCUCCUAGCCAGCUAGCCAAGAGAAAACCAGAAGGCAGGUCCUCUGAUGACGAUGAUUGGCAUCCUGGGGUAGUGACGCCUAAGAAACGGAAAUCCAGCUGUGAGACCCAGAGCCAGGAGUGUUUCUCAUCUUCUUUCCGGAAACCUUUGACACAACUUACAAAUCGACCACCCUGUUUGGACAGUAGUCAACAUGAAGCAUUUAUUCGAAGCAUUUUGUCAAAGCCUUUCAAAAUCCCCAUUCCAAAUUACCAAGGUCCUCUGGGUUUUCGGGCAUUGGGCCUCAAAAGAGCAGGAGUUCGCCGAGCCCUCCAUGAUCCCCUGGAAGAGGGUGCCUUGGUACUGUAUGAGCCUCCCCCACUGAGUGCCCAUGACCAGCUGAAACUUGACAAGGAAAAGCUCCCUGUCCAUGUGGUUGUUGAUCCUAUUCUCAGUAAGGUAUUGCGGCCUCAUCAGAGAGAGGGAGUGAAGUUUCUGUGGGAGUGCGUCACCAGUCGGCGCAUCCCUGGCAGUCACGGCUGCAUCAUGGCUGAUGAGAUGGGCCUGGGCAAGACAUUGCAGUGCAUCACUCUGAUGUGGACACUUUUGCGCCAGAGUCCAGAGUGCAAGCCAGAAAUUGACAAGGCAGUGGUGGUGUCGCCCUCCAGCCUAGUGAAGAACUGGUACAAUGAAGUCGCAAAAUGGCUUGGAGGGAGGAUUCAACCUCUGGCCAUUGAUGGAGGCUCUAAGGAUGAGAUAGACCAAAAGCUGGAAGGAUUCAUGAAUCAGCGUGGCGCCAGAGUACCUUCUCCCAUCCUCAUCAUUUCCUAUGAAACACUUCGCCUUCAUGUUGCAGUUCUCCAGAAGGGGAGUGUCGGACUAGUCAUAUGUGAUGAGGGACACAGGCUCAAGAACUCUGAGAAUCAGACUUACCAGGCUCUGGACAGCUUGAAUACCAGCCGGCGUGUGCUUAUUUCUGGGACCCCCAUCCAGAAUGAUCUCCUUGAGUAUUUCAGCCUGGUACAUUUUGUUAAUUCAGGCAUCCUGGGAACUGCCCAUGAGUUCAAGAAGCAUUUUGAGUUGCCAAUUUUGAAGGGUAGAGAUGCGGCUGCCAGUGAGGCAGACAGGCAGCUCGGAGAGGAGCGACUACGGGAACUCAUCAGCAUUGUGAACAGGUGCCUGAUACGGAGGACAUCUGAUAUCCUUUCUAAAUAUCUGCCUGUGAAGAUUGAGCAGGUGGUUUGUUGUAGGCUUACACUCCUUCAGAAUGAAUUAUACAAGAGGUUUCUGAGACAGGCCAAGCCAGCAGAAGAGCUGCGUGAGGGCAAAAUGAGUGUGUCUUCCCUUUCUUCCAUCACUUCUCUUAAGAAGCUAUGUAAUCAUCCAGCUCUAAUCUAUGACAAGUGUGUCGAGGAAGAGGGUGGCUUUGAAGGUGCCCUGGACUUGUUUCCCCCAGGUUAUAGCUCUAAGGCUAUAGAGCCCCAGCUAUCAGGUAAGAUGCUGGUCCUUGACUACAUUCUGGCGGUGACCCGAAGCCGCAGCAGUGACAAAGUAGUACUGGUGUCCAAUUAUACCCAGACGUUGGACCUCUUUGAGAAGCUCUGCCGGGUCCGAAGGUACUUAUAUGUUCGCUUGGAUGGCACGAUGUCCAUUAAGAAACGAGCCAAGGUUGUGGAGCGCUUCAAUGAUCCGUUGAGCCCUGACUUUGUUUUCAUGCUGAGCAGCAAAGCUGGAGGCUGUGGCCUCAAUCUCAUUGGGGCUAACCGACUGGUCAUGUUUGACCCUGACUGGAAUCCAGCCAAUGAUGAACAAGCUAUGGCCCGAGUCUGGCGUGACGGUCAGAAGAAGACCUGCUAUAUCUAUCGUCUGCUCUCUGCUGGAACCAUUGAAGAGAAGAUCUUUCAGCGUCAGAGCCACAAGAAGGCACUGAGCAGCUGUGUGGUAGAUGAGGAGCAGGAUGUGGAGCGGCACUUCUCUUUGGGAGAAUUGAAGGAACUGUUUACCCUGGAUGAGACUACCCUCAGUGACACGCAUGACAGGUUGCACUGCCGUCGCUGUGUCAACAACCACCAGGUUUGGCCCCCCCCUGAUGGUUCUGACUGCACCUCAGACCUGGCUCAGUGGAACCAUAGCACUGAUAAACGGGGGCUAAAGGAUGAGGUACUCCAGGCUGCCUGGGAUGCUGCCUCUACUGCCAUCACCUUCGUCUUCCACCAGCGUUCCCAUGAGGAUCAGCAGGACCUCCACUGAUAACCAGCUGAGCUGGGUGUAGCUGUUAGAGGAAGGGACAGGGAAAGUGGCUCUCUGCUCCACGAGGUCCCUGCUAAAUUUUGUUCUCUGGGAGAAAAAUCAUCAAGGAGGGCUAUGUGAUGUUGGCCCAAAAUUUAUUUUAUAAGAAAAACUUUUUUGGUUAAAAAAAAGAAAGGAAUAAAGGUAUGAAAGGGACUGAGGCCUGGGAGCAGCAUGGUGAGCCCAGCAGAGACCUGGUAGUGGGCACUUCUACACUCUUUAAAGCCUGGGUACCUGCUUGAGGAAGGAAAGCAGGAACCCUGGGGCAGGGGAGAGGGGCUGUCUUCAGUGAUGGAUGACCACUGUAGCCUCCUGGCCCAGGGUUCCCACAGUACUGGGUAAAAGGGCCCAAAGGCUUUAAACCCAGUUGUGGGAAUGAGUUCCUUUGCUGGGCUCCAUCAAGGCCUCCAGGACCUCAGUGCAAAGGAAGAAGGAAAAAAGAGAAAAAAAGGUGACAGAAAGAGAAAGAAUUGUGGUUGGGAGUUCUGGGCAGCCCAUGCCUCAGCCCUUGCAAGCUGACGGUACUGAGCAUGGGCCUAUGAGGCAUGGGCUCCAUCACAUGGUGCUGACAUAAUCUGCGAAGGCCUGGGAUGAGUCCCACGAGUCGCUAACCACAUGGCAUGUGGCUCGGAGUCGCCGGAUGGCUUCCCUGGCUGUGACUGCAUCCUGGUCCAGCCAGUUCUGGAAUAGGCGCAGGUGACCAAAGGCUCCCCGGCCCCAGCGCUCCAGCCGCUUGGCGAAUUCCAGAAGCCCAUCUGGCUUGAUGCAGUUGGAACUGGUAGGGGUGAGAUGGAUUAGAUACUCAGGAAGCAACUAAUCCCUGGUCUAUAUCCCUGCAGCUCCCUCCCUGGCCCCCCACCCUCCCACAUGUACCUGAUGUCCAGCUGACACAGAGAGGAAGAUGAAUCCUCUGAGAAAACAUCUGCCAGGGCCAGCAGGCCAGCAUUCCCUGGAGAGGAGAGAAGUGCCUGUCACCUCCACUCAAGAACAGGAACAAAGAUGUCUCAACCAAUUCUGGUUGGGGAGAAUACCAGCCUCCUGAAGCCCCAGAACACUAUAUUCCAACCCCCUUAUUCCCAGUGAAGAGGUCUAUGCCUUCACUCACUUUUUCUAGGUCAAAGGAUUAGUUCCUUCCCCCCUCCCUCCCCAGGGUCCUGCCCCCACCCAGGCGGUUCCCUGGCAGCCGAAGGCCCUUCAGUGUGGAGUUCCCCUUCAUAGCAGCAACCAUCUCAGGCAGAAAUUGGGCUGGGCGCUUCUCAAACAGACGACAGAAGGAGAAGGUAAUCUCUGUGAAGAGAAGUUAGAAUAAAUUUGGAUGGCUGUAUUAGGACUGGUGCUGCCCCUCCUGCCCCAGCUAAUCUUACUUAGCAAGUGGCCCAGAAAAAGGUAGACAUUUGUCCCAAGAUCCCAAGCAAAGCUAGAACUAAAUCAGAAUUCAGACCAAAUUGGUUUACUGUACGGACUUUUCUCUGCAUGAACAGUUCUUCAUGCACUUCCUCUUUUCUGUUCUUCUAUGCAAGGGUGGGGACUAGAGUCAAGUCUAUGAAGGGAGCCUGUGAUGGUACAUCUGUCGCUCCCCACUGUCAUUUCUGACAGCCAUUGAGAGGUAGAGAUGUUUGAGUGAUGUACUCUAAAGGUAAUUUCCCAAGUUUAAUAGAAGAUACAGUAAGUUUUGGAGCUUUUUUAAAAGGAGGAACAUGCUGAUUCUAUAACCAUCUUAUAUUGAUAGUUGAGGACACAGGCAUAGUAACUUAUUCAGUUGUUUAAGUGGCAUCACCAAAAUGAGGACCCAGGAAAUACCCAACGUUCUGGAUAAAGAAUUUACCUUGAAGAGUCAGAUUCUGUAGCAAAAAGAGCACCUCGCUCUGACAGUCAGCCAGAUUCAUGUCGUGGAAGCUCAGCCUCUUCAGGGCUAGGUUGUACUCUGGAUGGGGGCAGAAGUGACAAGUCUUAGCUUUCCCAAAGAGCAAUGCAGAGUCCCCUCCUACCCAUCUCCCUUAGCUAUUCUGGUUGGGUCCUACCUUUGAGUGUCUGCAACACAAGCCCAAAGUCCUGGGGAGAGGCAAAGGUGGCACUAUCCAGGGACAGUUGCUGCAGAGAACCUGAGGCCUUCAGUACAGAACAGAGCAGUGGGGCUGGCUGGGCUCCCCGUGGAAACCCCAUCUCCAGCUGUUCCAGGCAGUUUUCUGGAUAUGGUAGAAGAGAAGAUUCCAGGUGGCCAUUUCUGCUUAAUUCCCAUAGUAGAUCUCAGCCCAUCCUUAAGGGGUUUACUAAAAAAUAACUUCCUUGAUUGCCUAUUAUCUGCUAGGCACUGAUAGGUUCAGGAAAAAGUACUAUAAAAUUCAGUCAUUGCCUUUAAGGAGAUUAUGAGAAGCAAAUAUGCAGAAUGGAGGGACAGGAACUAAAAGAACCUACAGCAGGUAGAGCUAAUCUAUUCUGAAAGUCAGAUCCAGACUUAAAGAUGGUCCAGACUCCUUUUCUGAAGACUAAACUGCCUGAUUACUCCCUUCUGGGCUUAUGGUCUGGGCUCUGUCUAGACCAGUGCUCUAAAGGGGGCAGAUUUCAAAUAAGACAGGAUUGAGUGGUAGGCCUGCACUAGACAUUUUCCUGCACCUGCACAUGUGUGGAGAUAUGUGCAUACAUGCAUGCACAGUGCUUCACCUGGUAUCUCCUCAUCCCCAAUUAUGUGGUUAGGGGGCCCUGCAUUCCCUGGCACAGCAGGGUUGUCUCUCUGGCUGGGGUGGUCGACACGAAUUGAGAGGACCCUCAGCAGGGGCAGGGCUCGCACAAUGGCACGCGUCAGCUCCAGAAUGGGCAGUGGUGAGAAUAGGUCACUGAGAUGGAGGGCACGGAGGCGGCAUCCAGCCUGGCCUGAAAGGGCCCGCAGGCUGUCCAACAGGCGGAAGAUGUUGGAGCCCAAGCCUACGACGGAAGAGAGAGCAGGUGAGUCAUAUGGCGGUCUUAGGUACAGUUUUCAGAGAUAAUUCCAGGUCUACCUGUUGACAACUACCAAAUCUGAGCUUUGGAUCAGAUUAUUUAAAAUCAUUUGCACUAUUCAUUGUCUUGCUUUUUCCUCAGGUAACCAGCAAACUGAUGUCUACUAUACUACAACCUCAAAACAGGGCAGUCACAAAACAAGAUAAAGGAUGUGUUGGGACAGCAUGUGGCUGCUGAUUGAAAGAUAGCAAAGGUCUCUGGACUUUCACGAUAGGCUAUGGGAAACACCUGAAAACGAGGCAGAAGAAUGACAGGAAACCAGUAGGGAGUAUUUUGUCAUUGGAUGGGAAUGGGGCAGAAGUGGAUAACCACAGAAGGAGCAGAAUGCAGAAAGGUUAGGGUAGUUUCUUAAGGCCACAGAGCAAAUAAUUCCAAGGAAUUUGUCUCGCUCUCCUUUCCCCGUGGAUUGAGUGGGUUCCUGUUCAUCCAACAAAACCUUAGCCAGCACCACACCUAGUAAUCAGAUUUUUUUUUUUUUUUGGCUAGACAAUAAGAUACAAGCCUGAAAACAAAAAUGUGGGAACUGGGGAAGUAGAGUAUUGUGGAAAUAUAAAGGAUGGGUGCUUAACAUCUAGUUUACAUCACUAAAGGCUGAAUCUAAAAGAACAUUAAGGAGACAGGCUAACAGGAAAGAGAACUAUUUUGGCAGAACUUGGCAACAUAUAAAGGCAUGGAGGAGAAAGUGACAGGUUCCCAAAACAAAAAUGAGUAGUGUGGCUAAUAUGUCAGAUGAGUUAGGGGGAGGUAUGAAAGAUCCUUAGAGGUAAGUUUGGUAGGAAGCCAGUGAAGUUUUUAAAUGAAUGAAUGACAGCCAGAUCAGCGUUUCUGAAAGAAUGCUUGGACUGUAGUGUACACAGUGGAUUGUAUAGUGAGUGUGGGUCAGAAGGAACCGUUAAAAUGAUGAAUCCAGGUGGGAAGUAUGGCAGCUAGCUGAAUCAAGGAUGUGGAGUUGGAGAAAUGGAUUUGAGAGACUGGCAAGUUAUCUAGAAAUCAAAGAUGGGGUAAGAAAGGACACAGGUUUCUUUGGGGCAGUCACCUGUGAUGUCAUUGAAAACAGGAGAGGAUCCCUCUAGGGAGAAGAUGCACUCAGUUUGGACAUGAAUUUGGGAAACUUCUGAUUAUGAAGUGACAUUUAGUAGUUAGCUGGAUAGAUGGGUCUGGAGUUUAAAGAGAAUAACUUGGUAAGCUAAUGUCAAUACAGGGAGUCUUCAGCAUAGUUUGACUUUGAAGUCAAAGGAAUGGAUAAAAACGCCCAGGCAACAUGGAUAAAGCAGGAGAGCUCUGACUAACUGAAUUCAGAGAGGUGAUGUCCAGAGGGAGAAAAAAAAUCAGAUUUUGAGGUAGUGUAAAAAAACUUAUGAAGAUAAUGGUGCUAUAUGCUGCCAGGAAUUAAUGUAAGGUGAGGGCUGAAAAGUAUGCUUUGGACUUCGCAGCAGAGGUCUUUGGUGACCUAUGUCCUAAAUGCAGGAGUUCUAAAUAACUGGAGUUGGCUGUGGGAAGUGCUAGCACAGGUGACUGGAGCACUUUGAGGGACAAGAAUGACUAGAAUCCUUUAACAUGGGAUAAAGGAAAGCAGCAGUUAUUGGUGGACACCUGAUUUAAUUUUUUUUUGUGUGUGUAGAGGAACUGGGAUUUAGGUCAGAAGUGUGUGUGUGUGAGAAUUUGCCAGAGACAAGAGUGGGGAGAGAACAGGCAGACUGGCUGAAAUACAGUGUUAAGGGUAGAGCAGGUAGACAGGUCUGCUGCACUAUGUAUGGGUUAGCUCCCUGGCCCUGAUAGAGGUGAUAGCACUGAGGCCACCAGGGAGGCCCCUGAUUCAAUGUUUAAAUGUUGAUGGGGUCAUAAAUUGGAGAGAAGGGAGGCAGCAGUAAGUGGAUUCUGGAGCCAGGUUGCUUGGGUUUGACUCAUAAUUUACCAAGUUGGCCUCAGUUGUCGCAAGGUUUCAUUACAUGGUAGAGUGACACUUAAAAUAAGUUGAACAUGUGUUAGGCAGUAUGUAAAAAGGUAUGUGAGGAGCAAGCUUUCCUAAGGAAGUGAGAAGGUAUGGAUCCAGAGCACAGGUAGAGGAAUUAGCCUUAAAAUCUGGAUGGUGGGCCUCCCCGGUGGCGCAGCGGUUGAGCGCUGGGUUGCAAAGCUGCUCCACAGCCUCUGCAGUGCCGGUUCGAUCCCCGGCUGCUCCCUGGCCACCGGAGGAGGGUCCCACAUGGCGUGCAGACCUCUCCUGCCGCCCGCUGCUCCCCUCAGCAGUGUACUAGGUCUUUCUGCCUGCUCUGCUCCCCGCUCUGGCUCUGGUGAAUUCUC